AUGCGCGCCCAAGGUUCCUACUUUCCCGUCUUCCAAUCUCCGGACAGCAUGCCAGAUCUACAAGGCAGGACUGCUAUCGUUACGGGAGGUGCAUGUGGGAUUGGCAGUGAUAUCGCUCGAGCCCUCGUCAUCCACAAAUGUCGAGUCAUAAUGGUGAAUGUCCAUGAAAAGCAGAGCACCGAAGCACUCUCCACCAUCCGCGAUGAGGUUGGCUCGGACGCACUUCUUGAACAUCGAUACUGCGACAUGACGGACCUCAUACAAGUACAAGAAGUGUUCUCCGCUCUAUGCGACGAGCUUCCCCGACUGGAUUUGUGUAUAUUCGGCUCAGGGAUUGACCAGGCCCACUUCACAACCGAUAUACACUGCAUAGAUGCUUACUUUGGCAUGAUGUGGCUGGGUCAUUUUUACGCCAGCAACCUUCUCUGGCCUCUAUUCCGCAGAACCUCCAGGAUACCCAAUACACCAGCCCCUCGAGUAAUUUUCGAGGCCCCAGGACAGCAACGUCUACAGAGCCUUUACGACCGCUCAUCUAGUGACGAAGAAAACGCACGCCGCUCUGCUUACAACGCCGAAGUGUGUUCUGAGAUUUUCCGCCGCUCGAAAACGAGUCUGUUACUUGGUGUCAGGCAUGGUCUCGCCGAGCGUAUCGUCAAGCGCCAUCACGACAAGAUUUAUGCACUUGCCGUCCAACCGUCAAAGAACUUGGCAGAUGCAGGCAGGCAACCUAGAAGGGACAGCCAUUGGCAACCCUCAAAUCUGUGCGAUCACGUUCUCGACACUCUAUCCAAAGAUACCAACUUCACAGUACGCAGCAGUUCGCGUAUAAUCCUCUAUGCAGCCACAUCACCCGAUGUCGAGAGCAAGUACCUGAAUGGCGCAUACCUAGUCGAUGUUAAAGAUCUAGCCGCCGAUCCUUCCUUGGGCCCUGGCUUCUGGGACAUUAGCGAGAGAGCCAUCAAGGCAGUGGUGGGCAAAGAUGCCAUGGUGCCUUGGGACCACGAGUGGGUGAAGUCACCGAAAGACGUGUCUGCAUAG